GGGCGGUGCGCGUGCGCGUUAAGCUGGGACGGGUCGCGAGAAGCCGCCGCUGGCACUGUUGCCUCGGCAGCUGCUUCGGACUUGCAGCCGCCGGCCGCUGCGGCUUGAAAAGAAGGCGGGCGCGCGGAGCGGGAUUCUGUCAGGCGAACGCGAGCCCGGAGCCGGGGGGCUUGCUCUGCCUCCUCGGGCCUAAGCCGCCCUGAAGAGCCCGAGACGGGGAAGAGUGGGCCGGCCGGCCCUGGGGGAAGCGGAGACCUCCAGGAAAGGAGGCGGCGGCCCAGGGCCCGGCCGCCGCCCGGAACGAGGAGGAGGAGGGGACCAUGUUCUCGAGGGCCCGCAGCAAACUCUCUACCACCGACCGCGUCAUCAAAGCUGUUCCUUUUCCUCCAACUCAUAGGCUCACACUAAAAGAAGUAUUUGAAGAUGGAAAACCUAGACUUGAUAUCUUGAAAAGCCAUUUGGUGAAGGAAGGUAGACUAGAAGAGGAUGCAGCCUUAAAGAUAAUCAAUGAUGGAGCUAACAUUCUGAAAAAUGAAAAGACCAUGAUAGAAUUGGAGGCACCUAUCACAGUGUGUGGUGACAUUCACGGGCAAUUCUUUGACUUGAUGAAGUUGUUUGAAGUUGGGGGAUCACCUGCUAACACACGCUACCUCUUCCUGGGAGACUAUGUGGACAGAGGUUACUUCAGUAUAGAGUGUGUGCUGUACUUAUGGAGUUUAAAGAUUCAUCAUCCCAGAACAUUAUUUCUGCUUCGAGGCAACCAUGAAUGCAGGCAUCUCACAGAGUACUUCACCUUCAGACAGGAAUGUCGAAUCAAAUAUUCAGAGCAGAUAUAUGAUGCCUGCAUGGACACAUUUGAUUGUCUUCCUCUGGCUGCUCUCUUAAACCAGCAGUUUCUGUGUGUGCAUGGAGGACUGUCUCCAGAAAUCAGUUCUCUUGAUGACAUUAGGAGAUUAGACAGGUUUAGGGAGCCUCCAGCUUUUGGACCAAUGUGUGACCUGCUUUGGUCUGAUCCCUUGGAGGAGUAUGGCAGUGAGAAGACCAUGGAGCACUUUAGCCACAACACUGUCCGAGGGUGCUCCUUCUUUUACAGUUAUCCUGCAGUUUGUGAAUUUUUACAAAGCAAUAGUUUGUUAUCAAUAAUCAGAGCCCAUGAAGCUCAGGAUUCUGGGUAUCGAAUGUAUAGGAAGAGCCAGACAACAGGCUUUCCAUCACUCAUUACAAUUUUCUCUGCCCCAAAUUACCUAGAUGUCUAUAACAACAAAGCUGCUGUACUGAAAUAUGAAAACAAUAUCAUGAACAUCAGACAGUUUAACUGCUCUCCACACCCUUACUGGCUUCCAAACUUCAUGGAUGUUUUUACAUGGUCUUUGCCUUUUGUCGGGGAGAAAGUCACCGAGAUGCUGGUUAAUAUUCUCAACAUAUGCUCUGAUGAUGAGUUGAUUUCAGAUGGUGAUGAAGCAUUGGAAGGAGGUGCAUCAGUUCGUAAGGAGAUCAUCAGAAAUAAAAUCAGGGCUAUUGGAAAGAUGGCGCGAGUGUUUUCAGUUCUUCGAGAAGAGAGGGAAAGUGUGCUGACUCUCAAAGGGCUGACUCCUACAGGUACACUGCCUCUGGGUGUCCUCUCAGGAGGAAAGCAGACCAUACAGUCAGCUACAAUAGAAGCGAUAGAGACACAGGAAGCCAUCCGAGGGUUUUCACCCCCACACAAGAUCCGAAGCUUUGAGGAAGCUCGGGGCCUGGACCGGAUUAAUGAGCGCAUGCCCCCCCGAAGAGAUAAGUCAUACCCUGAUGGUCCCGUUGCAGUGCCGAUGAAUUUGGUGACAUCCCGCUCAUCAAAGAAGGGUGACACAGCCAAGAAAAGCCAGUAACAGCUCCAAGCACCUGCUGUGGCACCACUAAUGGAUCCAAGACUUUAAAGCAUAUUUUAUUUAUUUAUUAUUGGAAAACAAAAACAAACUGAAACCUGAAGGCACAUUCAUGAUGCAUUCUGCAUUUAUUCUGUAAGAAAGGUGACCAUUUUGUACAUUUUUUUAAUUUAUGUCCAAUAUAAAAAGUCCCAUCUUUUUUUUUUCUUUUUCUUUGUAAAAAUUUUUAGAAAUUGGUCGAUUGAUAGUAUACACAUGAAGUAUUGUGCUGUACAGGUGAUACCUGUCCACCACUCCCCCACCCUUUGUAUAAGAGGGCCUUUGGAAACCACAACCCUGAGUUUCUGAUUUGAACCAGUCAGCUAGUCCUCUCAUUUUUGAAAGGAAUAUCUUUCAUUUAAGCUCAACUAUUUUUUGCCUGGGUAUAUCUGCUUCUUUAGACAUCAAUUCUUGGGAAGGUCUGAUAGAUUAUGGUGAGCUAAACCUGUUUCUUUGAUUGUGGAAAACUUGAUUGGGGUUUAACUUUAAAGUAGAUAACUCCAGUCCUAGGAAUAGCUUAAGGUCCAAAGGGUGUGUUUACCAUAACGGCCUACUUUCUUCUGGACUCCAGUUCCUUUUAAUGUAAUCCUGUGGAACAAAAAUGAGAAUCAUCAUCAUAAUAAAGGAUACUCUUAGGAUUACUAUAACUUGUCAAUUGAAGUACAAGCAUUACUGGUUUAAGACUUCCCUUUAAGAUUUUGGGAGGGAGAAGCUUCUAGAAAAUCUCGUGUAACUACUGUCACUGAAUACUUUCAGACAUCUACUCCCAUUUUUGUGCUCCACAUAAGCUGCUCUGCUCCUUCUAAAUGUUUUCCAAAUGCCCUCUUCAAAACAUUUUUUACAACCAGAAUCCUUUUCUCUAUCCCAUCACUGUCCUUUUCUUCUCUAUCCCUGUUCCAGGAAUUAUCCUUUGUUUAUUUCUGACAUUUUCUAUAUUUCUGAUGAAAACUGGGACAAUGGAAAUUGAAUCUAGGGUUGCGGGGUUCCCCUCUGACAUGUAAACUUGGAUAAACAGCUUUGGUUUGGUAAAGUUCAAACAAAGAGAUUUUACCAGACUCUGAGUUGACCACUUGACCAUUUUACUAUCCUUCAUAAUCCUUGAUGAGUCAAACUCUAUGUGAUCAUCAUUAAUAUUUCUUGGAACCCAAGGGCAAGAGUUGAUAUCAUAAGCAGACAGCCUUUCCUGUCUGUCUAUAGCAUGACUUUUGAGUCCACCAUCAACUGGUAAACACAUUUUACAGCAUCCUUCAAGUUUCUGUUUUUGGCGAAGAGAAUGGUAUCUGGUGUCUUGCUUUAAUAGCUGUUACUCAGCCUUGUUGAUGGAUACAUUCUCAUCAGUGCUUAAAAAAUGAAAAUUUCAGAAAUUCCUUCGUCUCAUAGGUUGAGUCAGUGUCACCUCUACAUGGAUGCAAGUAUCUUAUACAAUAGUAACAUGAUAUGUUGGCAGUUUUGGGGGAUUUCAAGGACAGGUGGAAGAAUACAAUGAAACUCCUUACUUUCAUUAAAUAAUGCCCUGUUUCCCCACUAAUGUUUGUACUAAUUAUAUCCAGCUUUCUCCUUUAUGACAAUCAAAGAUCAUCAGGGUGUAUUUGACAAUUUAAAUGCUAUGGCAUGGAUUUAUCUGCUGGUGUGAAGAUGAUAGAAGUAGUGUAAAAAGGGAGAUAAAGGGUCUCUGUCUCUGAUUUAGAAUUUUGUAAGGGAAUUGGGGGAGGACGCUUGAAAGCAAUAUCUUUUUUAUAUCCUUUGAGGAAGUUGAUCAACUGGACAAUCCUCAUACCUUUUUUCACAAUAUUGGAAAGGAUCACUGUCUUUGGGAGAGCUCAACUAAUAAAGUUGGAAAGUACAAUGAGAGAUUAUAUGUAUUUGAAAAUGAAAAUCAUUCACCUUCCUCUCCAGUUCAUUAGGAUCAUAACCAUAGGAAAUUCACACCCCCCCAAAAAAAUUGUGACAGCCUUAAGUCAUUGGGUAAUAGUUGCUGCUAAUACUGCACCUGCCCUUCUCGAAGAGGGUACCAUGAAUUGGGAGUCAUUCUGUUGCCAGCUUUCAUGGAUAGAGCUUAGUGGUACCGAUCAUUACUCAGAUCUCUGAUCCAUUCCCUAGUGAAAAGCAACGUGAACAUAGGAGAAAAAGAUCUGAGUAGGUUCUUUAGCUGUUUUGGAAAUUAUAGUGGCUCCUGAAUGAAGAGAUCUGAGAACUUGAUAAAAUGUCGAAGCUACUUUCUUUUGUGGUAUACUCUGAAAACCAUAGGGCAGAACCACAGUGAGGUUGGGGGUAGGGUUUCUUUUUUGAAAAUAGUACAAAUAGUUUUCUAUAAAGUAGGGAUCUCAGAUAACCCAUAUGCUGAUACAAGCAAUUUCACUUUUAACCAUAACAGAUUUGUAGACCAAUAACUUGGGGAAAUUUUUAGUGAAUAGGAUUUUCUCUUCACUCUGUAUUUCACUCAGGACAAUCCAUUUUAAACAUUUAAAAUUUCUAUCUGAACAGUUGUUCUCAAACAGACCAAAUGGUUUUCUCCUUUGAUUUUUCUCAUACUGUUAGUUUAUUUUUUGAACUAGUAUUCAAACAAUCCAGAAAUCAUGGCCUGUUUUGUGACUGUACCAAGAAUGCUCCCCUAGCAGACUCCAAAAGAGGUGAACAGACUUCCCUGUCUUCUCUGGCCCUAGAAGGAAUGCUAUUAGCCCCACCUCUCCAGCCUGGCAAGGUCUCCUUCCUUUUUCUGAACUAUGUGCUUUUAAAACUGAAAUAUCAUAUAGAUCAAAUUCUCCUUUUGGUUCUGUUUACAGUCUAUGAAAGAUUAGGUUUGAAACAAAUAGAUACUUUUAAACAGAAAAAUAACCUGUUACCUUUUUAAAAGCAUGCAGUUUUUGACGCUUGGUAUUAAGGGCAGAGGGAGGAAUCACUUUUUUUUUAAAUAGAGUUGUAUGCCAGGAUGGGAACGGUCUAAUUUUUUCUGAAAAUGUGAAAAAGAUGACAGCUCUCUUUCCAGGUGGACACAGAAGGCACCUAUGUGGCAACCAGAAGGUUGUUUUUUUUUUUAAGAGGGAGAAAAGAUGUCAGAUGUUUAUGGCUUGGAGGCCUGGCAGGCCUGGCCAUCAGUGAAUAUCAGCAUCUUUCAAAACGCCCAUAUGUAUACAUAGCACAUAUUUGGUCUGUUAUAAUGGUGAGCCAUUGAGACAUAAUGCCAUUGUGUCUCUCUAGCUUGGAUAGUCUUAAUCCCAAAAGUCAAUAUCUUAGCAUUUUUCAAAACAGGAAAAGAAAAGCAUUUGUUUUGGCAAAUGUAACAUUAUAUAUCCCUAAGAAAGAGACUUUUUAAAUAACAGGAUAACUUUGGGACUUGUCAGCUUUGGAAAUGCCCUUACCAUCUCCUUCCUCUCUAAGUGAGUUCAGAAACACUAAGAUUGAAGCCUCUGUUGCUCAGAAGACUAAUGAAAUUGAAAAAGUUGCAACAAAAAAUAUAAACUUCACUUAGUUUAGAGGUGAGUAUAUAUGCAUCUAAUGGUUAUUACCUAUCAACUUCUGCUACCUCUCAGGGUGUAGUAUAUUUGGAAUCUGUCCCCUCUGACCCAUCUUUAUUGUAUGUAAAAUUACGAUUUAUAUCCAAGGUUUCUGACUGGUUACUGUGUAGAUUUUUAAGUAUUAACCACCCCCAUGAACAGAAGAAACCAGCAUACCAUUAGGUAGAACUGAAGUGCGCACUAGUCAUCAGACUUGUUUAGGAAGGAAGGGCUUUCACUAAGAAGACAUCCUUUGAAUACUGGUUCUAACCUGACAUGCAGCCCAGAGCCAGAAGGCUGACUGAUUCAUCAAUUUCCUACGUAUGUAUCAGGUGUUUCCCUCUCUUCUCUGUGUUGGAAAUUUAUUCACUGUCCCACGUAGGUCUAUUGAGAGAAUAUCCUGGUAUUUCCUAACAUUGGUUCUAGUUGCUAUGGGAACACUAAAACCUAAGUUCCUUCUCUUUCAAAACAUUCUUUACCCCACCCAAAUUAGACAGGGUUUCAGAGGGAGGGAUGAGCUAUGGACCUGGAGUAGUAGGUAUGAGGUUAAAUUUUACUUUUAUCAGUAGUUGUAACCAUGAAGCCCUGUCUUGUCUGAAAGUGAGGUAUACCCUGAAUCUAGAGUUCCUGCUAUUAAAAGGGAAUGUGGUUACGUGCCUUUAGAACAGAGAGCAGCAUAUGAAAGACAACUAUUUCAUUCUCUUUGUACUUACUAGCUGUUUCUUUUUCUCUUUAAAAUAUGUGUCUGUCUCUCUCUCUCUCUCUCUCUCUCUCUCUCUCUCUCUCACACACACACACACACACACACACACUCUCUCUCUCUCUCUCUCUCUCUCUCUCUCUCCAGGAAUAAGGAGAGAAGUUUUCCAUAGCAACUUCGAGAAUAAUAUUGAGGCAUUCUGCUGUUUGUUGGUCCCUUCAUUGUUACUCUCAGUAAACUCCCCCAGAGGAAGCCAAGGAAAGAAGGGGUAGGCUGUACAGAGAAUUGCUUGUUAUCAGGUAACAGUGGAGAGCUUUAUUGGCUGUAGGUCAUUGUGCCAUUAACAGUAUAUAUAAAAAGCAGCCUGCCUAUAUCAUUUCUUGAGAAUUGUAACCAACCUAUAAAUAGCCAGCUAAAAAGAAUAAGGGGAUAGUCUGUUCAUUUAAGGACAAUAAACACUGGCUAUCUUCUCAUACCCAAUUACAAAAGUUACAUGGUCAAUGCCUGUCUUCACUGACUAAGAGAUUCCUCAUCGGACAAGCUCAAGGCUUUAUGUCUCUCCACAGCCUGGACAAAGAGGACUUCUUGUCAAACUCUGUUGAGAGUGAUUCUGGGGUUCCCUCCUCCAAACCCUCAGGAGAGUCUUGGCUUAAGUGAUUUUUUUGUACCUACACACAACCUCACCAUUGCCAAUAAAUGGCACUUUAAAGUUUGUCCCCUUCCCCUCAGUCCCUCUCAAAGUUCCCUAAAUCUGUCUUUCCGCAUGUUAUAGCAAAGUGCAUGUAAUAAAGAGGGAGCUUGUGAUGGGGCUUGGGGAGCAAAGGUACAUUUUUAUCUUAUACCAGAGAACUUUUACAGUGAUACACUCCUGAACACCGUUCUCGUCCUUUCACUGUGCACUAUGAUCAGCAGGGAUUUUUUCUAAUAGACUUUUCAGCCAGCUCCAUCCUAAGGGGAUCCUGAAUUUACCUGCCUGAAUGACUUGGUUAGAACACACAAGACUAGGUAGUGGUACAAGUAUUUUUUUAGGUUCUCCUGAAUGAUGAACUACAUGCCUGUUCCCUGGAGAUUGCCUCCUUUUUCCUGCUUUUUUGUUAUGUUAAUAACAAUAGUGGAAAAAAUGUUAUUUAUUGGAAGAAAUAUUUAACAAUUAAUUGGUGUGAACAAGGAAUGAAUUUGUUAGAACUGUCUUUACUGUAAAUUGGAAGUCAUCUUAAAGGGGAAAAAGGAAGACAAAAAAAAAUUCCCAUCCUUAAGAUUAAACAACUUUAUUGGCU